GGUGCAGGAGCGGGAGGAAGGGCGGCCGUGAAGACGACGAUCAUGCGAGCUCCUCUUGCGUUUCGCGACUUCAAGCCCGAAGAGUUCAGGUACGACCCCGUGGGCAUGCGCCUAGGCCUCUACAACAGAGGCGACUUGCAAUCCCCCACUGCGGCUGAGAAGCGCCGAAUGGCGGCCGCCAUCGCCUUCGUGAACAGACUGAACGCGCGCAGGCUUCAGCUCAGACUGAGCUCGCUCAGCUGGCACGACCUGAGCGCGCGAGUCGUCCCGAGUCCUUCGCGAGUGCGUCUUCUGUGGAAGGACGCACCGUCCGACAUGACGGACGACGACGUGCGCCACCUGCUGGCGAUCGACGCCGUGUACAUGCUCUGCUUGUUCCAGAGUAUCGGGCGCAAGUUCUCGCAGGUCCAGGCGCUCGAUCCGGACGAGAUCGAAAUCUGGAAAGUGGAAGGUACCAUGCAGGACUUUCUGCUGAUGGAGAAUCAGAUUCCUCUCGUGCUGAUCCAGAACGCGCUCGCUCUGGCCCUCGAGGGCGAACACAGAGAGCAUGCGAAGAGGAAGACCCCGAAGCUCGACGGCGUGGUGGUCAUAAACCCGAGCUCUGACGACGAUUCCUCGUCCGUGGACUGCGAUGUCGAUGAGAAGGUGGAUCUUGUAUGCGCAGAAGCUUUCCACCCGGAGGUGUAUGAGCUUCUGUCAUCGGUAUUAGAAACUGUCCUGGCGGAAGCUGGGCUGCAGGGUUUCAGUGACAACUUCGUGCCGCGAUCUCAGAUCGUGAGCUCUGAUCACUUGCUGGAUUUGGUGUACAGAAUGGUGUCGUCCAAAUGUAGAACAUCAUACGCUGAUGGUGAUGACAAUAGUCCGUCUGGUAGUGAUACCACCCGCUCGGUCGGUGCAUUGAUCAAACAGGAUCGAAGAGAAGAGUCUCCGUACUUUUUUUUGAAGCUGAUGAAUUACUUGCGCAGCCUGCAAUCCGUUUUCCCGAGGCGCUUAGUUUCUGCUUUCCGUUCGAGGUCGCAGGAUUUUACAGAAGAUCGCUGGCGCAAUUCUCACUUCAUUCCGACAGCCUCGCAGCUGAGAAAGGCUGGCAUUGCAGUGAAAGGCUUAAAGGAUGCGACGAUUUGGGACUACAAAGUGGAGCAGGGUCUAUUCACGGACACAUUGUGCAUCCCGAAGCUCGAAAUUUGGCUCGAAAGUGCGAACUCGUUGAGGAAUUUGCUCUUGAUAGAAAUGAGGCACCAGUCGUUGAUGAACCGUGAGUGGCAGCCGCUGAUGGAGUAUUUGAUUCUCCUGGACCAGCUGGUGGACACGAGGGAAGACGCUGUGAUUUUGUGUGGGAACACAGACGACUACGUGAUCUUCAACACCCUGGGCGAUGCUGGCAUUGCGGCAAAAAUGAUCAACGAUCUCUGCCAAAGCACUUGGAGAACGGAAGACUCUCCUGGAUUCGUCAAGUUCUGCAGGGAUGUGCAGCAGUGUUAUAAAAGGAGGAGGAAGCGAAUGUUCCGCGAGUUCGUGGAGACCCAUUUGGAUAAGCCCUGGAAAAUAGCUUCACUCCUCGCCGCCAUAUUGCUGCUCGCGCUAACUUCCCUCCAGACUUUAUAUUCCAUACUCUCCUUCUACGGCAUUCAGACACUGUCGGACUGACUCCAUACCUCAAAACUGCUGUGCAUUGAACUCCGUCAGCUGUACACACUCUGCCAAUUUUCACCUCUUCUCCAACUGAUGUCCAUCGUCCGUCAUCAAAUUUUGUUCUAAGAGAUUGCAUUUGUUGUAAAUAAUCGGAAUUAGUGAAUCAAGCGAUAUCGCUUUGUAGCCUCCGUCCCGAGCUCCCAGGGGAAGAUGCCACAGUCAUUUUGGUGUGAUUCCUCUCGAUCGUUCAAGAAUUCAACAGGAUAACAUUGAGGAUUAUUAUGAUUUUAUGGGCUGACGCCCUACCUGGACAUAACCCGCUUUAUCUCUAGUCACGAAUGGCUGUGGAGAUUGCAGCAAAUGGACCUGGAUUUUGGGAUGAAAGCAACUGUGGGACCUUUCAAGGUCAGAGCGCUGUUGCUGGAGGUCAGUGGACCGACAGCGCCGAGACGCUCGAGUUCCUCUUUAUGACAUCAGAUGCUGACACCAGGAAAUCUGACUUACUGUUGAGCUGGAUAUUGGUCUGACGUCUCGCCAUGAAUCUGGAAUUCCAUCAAGGAUUUCAUCUUCUUCCACAGUAGUUCCCACGAUUCUCCUUUUCGGAUGACUUUAGUGUUAUCUGCUCCCGUCUCGAUACUCUGAUAUGUCUCACUGCGGUGUCGAUUUACGCCUUCUUUCUUUCUAUUAUGCUGAGAGUUGGAGAGGCUGUUGUCGUAUCCAGAGUACAAGAAGCAUUGUUAGAAGUUCUCAUUUUGUUGGGAAGUUCAGUUCCACCAUCAAAGAUUUCCCAUGGGAAUCCCCACGAGUGUGGUCGAUAGAAAAUGCCAGACGUUUGUUCUGCUGUGUACAGCGACACGUAAAAUUGCCGAGCACAAAAAGCAGUCAGCAAUUCCACCUUAUCCACUUUAAAUGCGUAAGAGGGUGAUGAAGAUUUGAAAUUCUGAAUGCAGUUUGAUAAAUCUCCAAAUACGGCGCUAUGGAAGAGAAAACCAGCUCUAAGGAAGUUAGAAGCAGCAUCCACCUGUCAUUGGAACAGGACGAAGGCACGUAUAUAUUUGUAGAUUCUGUUGGUUGCAUCUUCGUGUUUAUGUCUCCACUUAACGACCCACUACAUGCAAGAUAGGAACCGCGCAAGCCCAGAUAUUUGAGCUUCGGAG